GGCUAACUAAAGUAAAGAGUAAAGCGCUGCCGUCCGCUGCCGACUCACCUGCAAUUAAUAAAUCUCGUCCAUACAAGCUGCCGUCCUCUUCUUCCUCUCUUAUUUUUUGCGCCCCCUUUCCAUGCAGCUUCUUUUGCGUUACAUUUCACCCUAAUUUUAUUAGUAUUGGCUAUUCCAUAUCACAAAAUGACAUGAGCUUCAACAUUUGAAGCUCCUUGUCAAAUUACUCUCAACGCCAAAGACUGCAAACUUCUCGAACAACAAGCCAGCCAGCCUUCUAUCCCAUUCAAUACCCGUCUCCCCAUCUCGACCACAACUACCAUUUACUAUUUAAUACCCACCCACUUUCUCGAAAAAGAAAAAAAAUACACCAAGAUGAAGACUGCGAAACCACCUCAAGCAGACGCCGGUCCAUCCUCGAACCGAAGAGCUCAACCUGUCCGUCAGACUCGAGCGAACCCCCCGCGAACCACGUCUACCUCUGGCCGCACUCUCGCCGUUAGAGAGUCGCUCGGAACCACUCACAAUAAUGACCAACCCAUCGAGAUCUUCCCUGCAAUCACAUACUUCACAGAUGCUAUAUCAUCACUACCUAAAGACCUCGUCCGACAUUUCACUCUUUUGAAAGAAGUCGACGCCAAAAUAUUUGCUCCUGAGGAGACGCUUGUCCAGCUUGUCGACGCUGUCCUUAAGUCGAACCCCCCCGAACCUAGAAAUACCAACGAUGCGUCAAGCAGCGUGGCCGCGGCUUCAACGCCAAUGAGCGCCCAGAACAGCUUUAGUGGAUUCACCGCAAGCGGCAAUCCUGCUGGAUCGACCGAUGAUAGCUACAGCUCUACAGUCUUUGAUCCAGGCAACCUUCCUCGGCGACAGCUCUUUCGUCAAACCGCGUUGAAGGUCCAAGAAAUGCUUGUGUCGCUAGAAGAGAAGAACCACGUCAUGACCACUGCGAACGAAGCGCUAUCUAAACAGCUAUCUCGGGUCAACGACGUGUGGCCGCACCUUGAGGCUGAGUUCAGCGACGAGGCUAAAUGGGGCAGUAACACACACUGGGCUUAUCCUGAGAAUAGGAUCAAUCGAGCAAAUCAAGCCGAGCGAUCGCGCCGAGAUGGUGCAGCUACCAUUACGGCCGCUGCCCAACAGCUCGCUGACGAAGCUGCUGCGCGAAGCGACGCGAGAAAACAAGCGAUCAUGGCCAAGAAGGGGCUUAAGCACCCUCACCAAGAUUCAGACGCAGACGAUCACGAUAAUAAGCAAAAAGGCGAGCCGGCGAAAAGGGGCUCCAAUAACAACAACAAGUCCCGAAAAAAUGCCGACGCAAAUGCGCCGGUUGGAUUAGGUAUCACGGCGGGCGCUGCGACUACUACUAACGGAAACCCCCCGUCUAAAAGACGAAAGGUUGAGGCCAACAAGGCUGCCAAUGGUGGACAGCCCAUGGAACGUGCUAUGAGUUCAGUCUUUAACGGCAACACCACCAAGGCCAAGAACUCUAGCCCGAGGGCGACACCGGCUCCUGAACAACCUAAAAAGCGCAAAGCUCUCCCGACUGUCAAUGGCGGCUCAAAAAAGACUAAAACAGCCACUGUUGCCGUCGCUGCACUCUCGCCUGCAAUGGCACCCUCUCCGAUACAACCUAACUUCGACCCAAAGGUCGUUGCCCGUGCUUCUCCAGCACCCUCCAUAGCUUCGGUUCGCCCCGCCUCAUCUCGAGCGAGGCAGAAUUCCAUACAGUCCAACGUAGAAAAUGGCCGACAACGACCAACUUCGUCCGCGUCCAAUAGGCCGAAUGGCAUCGUAGCUCCACCCCCAGAGCUUACGACGGCCCAGAAUGGUGUUCGCCCCCUACCCGACACCAACAAUUCAAACAAAGAGACGAUCGCCACCAUCAAGGUUGAGGCUUCCAAGGAAGAAGCAGUACUCGCUAUUGCGAGCGCUAGUAACGCAACGACGAGCAGUAAGCCCCCUGCCAAGGGGGAUGAUGCGGAACUCAAGGGGGAUCUCAUACAGACCCCGCCAGCAGCAACAGCGGCAAGCAUAGUCACUACUAAAAGUGGACGAACCAGCAAGCCGUCAACGCCGGCUUUAGGAUCAUUCCCGGACCCCCAACCACGAUCUCGGUCGUCACGAAAUACAUCGACAACUAAUGCUAAGAGGAGUCAUAAGAAAGGCGCGGCUCAGCAAGUUGCAGCCCGAGUGGCAGACGAAGACGCCAACAGCAGCGUCCAGGGCGACGAUGAAGGCGACGUUGAUGCUGACGAACCACUCUAUUGCUACUGCAAUGGUGUUAGUUACGGAGAGAUGGUUGCUUGCGACGCUAAUGACUGCGAACGAGAGUGGUUCCAUCUUGACUGUGUUGGUCUCAAAGAAGCUCCACCAUCGAAUAUGAAAUGGUAUUGCGAUAACUGCAAAGAUCGAAUGAAGGCUGGAAAGAAGGUAAAUGGCAGGUGAUGCGCCUUUCGUCAUAGCGUUUGCUUCAACGGGUAUAUGGAGCGCCUUUCUAGAAUUAAAGGAGUUCACGGCGUCCAUUUAGUUGCAGUCACGACAGCUCGGCACCCGGUUGGGAAAACCGGGGCCUCAGGACGGGUGCAACAUGAUCUCACGUAUACUGUGGCGUAUCGGAUUUUGGAGUUACUAGAUAUCUAAAGCGUAGGUACCUAUACCUAGUACUUAUUCAUGGUCUCCUUUUCUUUUUAGGAAGCUGAAUAGGUGUCUGACAAUAGGGUUGGUGAGGUUUCCAUGGCUUUUUAGUGCGAUAGUAUCAUAUCGACUCGGGGUAUAUUGAGAAGUCAUGCGAACAGGAGCUAGGUGUGGUUGAUUCUGUACACUGGGUACCUCUCUCGGGUUCAAUGUUUAUUUUACAUGGAUACAUAUGUGUACCACUUACAUCAAGCUGGUUACAGUUAUUAUAGGACUUUGGCAGACCUCUAUAAGGUGCCGGUCAAACUCAAACAAUAUUAUCAUAGCUUAUUGAAAGAAA